AUGAUCUUCCUUGGAGACUGGCAGCCCAAACUGCGCCCAAAGUCGCAUAUAGCGGGAUUCCCAGACGCUAUAUACGAUUUUUCUACUGUCUCAUCUCUGUCCCAGCUCGAAUCUCGCAUAGCUUCGAGUGAAGAAAAGCAUGACCAACGCGUUUUCCGCGUAAAGCGCAAACAUGUUUUGAAGGCCUGCGAUCGCUGCAGAGUCAAGAAGACGAAGUGUGAUGGGAAACAACCCUGCAAUCGUUGCUCAUCAUAUAACCACCCCUGCCUAUUCCGGGAAAGAAAAGCUACUCAGACAAAGGUCUACUCUCGAGGAUUCGUGGAGAUGUUAGAAUCACAUCAUUCGCUAGUUAUCAAGGCACUUCAGAGGCUGUACAAGCUCUGUGCUAGCAAGGAAGGAUUUCCAGGCGAGCCGCUUGUUGAGACGUCUGACGGAUAUCCCCUAACGCACGCAAUCCUCGACCGCUUGGGGCUGAUCAAGCAGGCCGAGGACUCCUCUCAAGAGGCGCGCAGUGAAGAGACUGAGGACCUUCACUAUCUCCGCAUGCUAUCAGGCUCAACCGACUGCAGCGCAACAACUGACCCGUCACCCGAGCCCGUUACGCCCUCUGACCCUGUCCCAAGGCCUACUAGUCCCAUUCAACUAUCCCCAGUUGAACAUGACCCCAUCAAGUGGGAGUUCCAGUCAAUCCAACCACAGACUGUCCGACCAGAGCCACCUGCGUAUCACGGCUACCCACAAACUGAAUAUCGAGCAGCGACGCUGCCACCAUCAAUUCUAGAUAUUCCAGCUCUCGCAACCGAAUCCAAGUGCGCCACCGUGGGCCCCGUUGCCGGCCUCGCGCAGCCCUAUCUCUACUGUUGCAGUCCCCAGUCAACAGAUAACCGCCUACCUGCAGUGACGACGGGCCCCGCGGUUCUAUCCUCAGUAUCAGCAGCUGGAAUUCCACUUGACUUAGUCGAGGACUACGGUCUGCAUAUCCCCGAGCAUCAACCUAUUUACCAACUGCCUUCGCAAUCAGCGUGGGCAUACCCUUGUGAAUAG